GGGUGCACCAGGAAAGAGGACGGCUUCCCACCUGUGUCCCCCCCACCGUGCUCUCCCUUCCUGUGGAUUUCAAGAAUUCUGAGGUCAGAGAACAUCGUGAGGACGGAGAUUUGAUUGUCUGCUGUUUCACCCCUUCCAAGUGCUGUGACCUCGUGGAUUUGCAUCCUUUCCAUGACAAAUAUCACACAGUGUGUUUGGUUUUGCACGGUCACCGUGACUCUUGGUAUUCAGCUGACACCCUUCCUUUAAGGAAGUUGUAGCAUGAGAAGUUUGAAGCCUUUGAUCCUCACAAAUACCCCUGGAAAACUGAGGUCCAGGAGAUGAAGUACCUCGUUAGUUACGUAGAAUGCGUACUGCUUUUUGAUUGUCUUUCUCUCCCAGUUUUUCGUUGAAUGUACAGGUUAGUAAUUUUUCAGUGUUCUGCUUUCCUGUGAUCAGCCCAUCUCUAGUACUUUAUUUCCCUUGGGCCCCUUUUCUAGAACUCUCACGUGCAUUUCCACGUCUCUGCGAGCGUCUGUACGAGAAGUCAGCAGUGACCCCUGUCACAGCUGAGGGAACUGGCCUGUUCCACCUUGUAAAGAUGAAGCCCCAGUGAGUGCCGUGUCCUGCCCCGGGGACGUGACUGUUAAGUGGGCAGAGACACAGAGCUGGCUCCCCCAUUCUGCCUCGGUGUGGUCUCCGACUAGGACACUUGGCGUCUCGCUCCAUUUUCAUAUGACGAACCGCCCACGUGUGUGUCAGUGUUCGGUUAGGAGCGGUGUGGAAACGCAUUGAGGGCAGCUCCCGGGCCUUGUCGAGUGACGUCCCUCUGAGAGUCCGUGUUCAGUGCACAGCUCCUGAGUUGGCACUUGCGUGCCGGCCCUUUACUACCAGCAAGGACGUAGUGAGCCCAUGGCUCUUGCGCAGAGAACAACGGACAUUGUGAGAUGUGAAGGGCAGCGUGACCAAACGGUCUGCCCUCAGAGACCUCCCAGUCUAACGGUGGAGACCGGACGUACACACCCCGCCCUGCCCUGCCGAGACUGGCGUCACUGUGUUUUGAGUAUCCGGGGGGCCCAAGAAGAGGAGCCCACUGACCCCCAGUUGAUGCGCCUGGACAACAUGCUGCUGGCGGAGGGCGUGGCCGGGCCCGAGAAGGGUGGUGGCUCGGCAGCGGCGGCAGCGGCAGCAGCCGCGUCCGGAGGGGCAGGUUCAGACAACUCGGUGGAGCAUUCUGACUACAGAGCCAAACUGUCCCAGAUCAGGCAGAUCUAUCACACGGAGCUGGAGAAGUACGAGCAGGCCUGCAACGAGUUCACCACCCACGUGAUGAACCUGCUGCGCGAGCAGAGCCGGACCAGGCCCAUCUCCCCGAAGGAGAUCGAGCGCAUGGUCAGCAUCAUCCACCGCAAGUUCAGCUCCAUCCAGAUGCAGCUGAAGCAGAGCACGUGCGAGGCCGUCAUGAUCCUGCGGUCCCGCUUCCUGGAUGCGCGGCGGAAGAGACGGAAUUUCAACAAGCAAGCGACAGAAAUCCUGAAUGAAUAUUUCUAUUCCCAUCUCAGCAACCCUUACCCCAGUGAGGAAGCCAAAGAGGAGUUAGCCAAGAAAUGUGGCAUCACCGUGUCCCAGGUAUCAAACUGGUUUGGAAAUAAGCGAAUCCGGUACAAGAAGAACAUAGGUAAAUUCCAAGAGGAAGCCAAUAUUUAUGCGGCCAAAACGGCCGUCACCGCUACCAAUGUGUCAGCCCAUGGAAGCCAAGCUAACUCGCCCUCAACUCCCAACUCAGCUGGUUCUUCCAGUUCUUUUAACAUGUCAAACUCUGGAGAUUUGUUCAUGAGCGUGCAGUCACUCAAUGGGGAUUCUUACCAAGGGGCCCAGGUUGGAGCCAACGUGCAAUCACAGGUGGAUACCCUUCGCCAUGUUAUCAGCCAGACAGGAGGAUACAGUGAUGGACUCGCAGCCAGUCAGAUGUACAGUCCACAGGGCAUCAGUGCUAAUGGAGGUUGGCAGGAUGCCACUACCCCUUCAUCAGUGACCUCCCCUACAGAAGGCCCUGGCAGUGUUCACUCUGAUACCUCCAACUGACCUCCCAGCAGUCGCAUCCCGGCUGACCCUGCGCCCCGUCGGCCAGGGCCAGGAGGGAGGGUGUCUCCCCACGCUGAAGCGGUCAGACGGAGGCCGAAGCAAUCAGCAAACACAACGAGUCUCCUUCUCUUCUGUCCUUUGGGAUGCUAUCUCCGCCAAUCUGGACACUUCUUUAUACUCUCUUCCCUUUUCUUUCUGGGUAGAAGCCCCCCUCCCCUGCCUCCAGCUGUCAGCCUGCUGUCCGCCGUCUUCCCCGCCCUUCCCCUCUGCCCUCACACCCUGGGUCCCUGUCCUCUGCAAAUCACUGAAGGAUAUUUUCAACCAUUAGAGGAAUUUAAAGAGGAAAAAGAUACAAAGAAAAUAAUAAAAGUGUUUGUAUGUUUUCAUGCUGGUGGUUUGAGGAGCCACGUUUACCUCACUCGGGUCCCUCUGUCAGCUGGCAGCCCUCCUAUUUCUCCUGUCACUCUUGCUACCUCUGUAGGAGUUCGCCACCCGCCCUGCCCUUCCCGCCUCCCGCCUCCUCUGCUCUUCCCUCCCUGGGGACAACUCCCAUCAGAGCGCUUUCCUCCUCCUCCUUCCCAGCCCCAGGUGUUCCCUGGGGACUGCAGUGGCUGGGCUACUCAAGGCGGCCCAUUUCCGGCUUCAGCCCCAACAGGUUGAUUUCCAGGCAGGAAGUUGGCAGCAGGGGAGGCAGAAUUCCUAGAGGCUUCUCGUCCUGCUGAUGACAGACCUUGGUUUCAGAGGUGCAGUCUUUGAAGACCAUGCACCACCUAGAAAGCAAUGCCCGGAACCUGCUCCACAAUCCGGUGUGUUAGGUGUGGUGCUGAAUGCGUCACGAAGGAGGAGAUGGGUCUUACCCUGAAACCCUUCAACUAGACACAUGCACGCACACACGUGCACACACGCACCUGUCGGCACAUGUACAGUCUCACGCAUUCACUUCCCCAAGACCAGUCGCAUGCCACAAACACCUACAUUAGUAACCGUAGCCAUUAUGCCAUAGGAGCCCGAGAGAGGGAAUUAGCAACUCCAAGUAAAGGUCCCUGACACGGAGAAGCAGUCUGGACCUGGGGCGCCCAGGACCUGCAGGGCCCCAGCACCCACAUGCCAGAAUGACACCCACAGGACAGGCCCGGUUCCCAGUGUCCAUUACUCUUGCUCCCACCGCCUCCGGAGCUCUCAGGGAGCCACGCACAGUACUUACGACGUCUGUAAUGGAUUUGGUUCUGUUUCGGUUUUGUUUUAGCAAUAGGGACAUUGCAUUAAUUACCUAAAGUGUUUUAUGGCACCACGUCUUGUUCUGGAGGAGACAGUUGUAUAAGAACCUGGCUUGGGCAAACUGUUCGCCUGCUUAAUUUGAGGAGCUAAGUGAUGAGGGAAAGGGGAGAGAGUGUUCUCAGUGAAAAUAUCGCGGUGAUUUUUGUCUCCUGGGGUGUCUGAGGGAGAAGAGUGUGUAAUGGAAAGCUAGUCUCUAAUGUCACCUGAGCUCACAUUCUUUGUAGCCAACCGUAAAGAUGGCGGCUCCGUCAUUUGUCCAUUUGUUGAGUGGGAGGUGGUCACAUGCCUCAUUCUGGUCAUGUGUAAAAUGGGGGUUAUUAUUAUACCUGGCUCAGCAAGUGGCUUGUGGGAGACGGAAGACAUCAAUGUCAUCCGUGUCCAGUCUGUACAUGUGAAGUGGGGAGUCGCGUCUCUGAGAUAAACUGGUUCAUGCCAGAUGGGGACAACACAUGGUUUUCCUAGUCUAACUUCUGGUUCACAUAAGCGCCCUGAUGUUAUCACCAUGGUGACAAAGAAAAGGGCUCUUGUUGUUGCCUUUUGAGUUUGCUUGUUUGUUUUGGUCUGUUUGGUUUCUUAGAAUAGAGAUAAGCUCCCAAACUGGAAAGAUCCGACCUGGUUCUCUUGGUUUGUACUUGAAUCCAAUAUGUGGCCUUGUAAGUACUUACUCCCCUGUCACGUCGGCUCUGUCUGAGAGGCUUCUGGGAAGGCAUGAGACCCUGAAGGGGUGAGGAUGGCCAGCUAACAAGGUCAUGGAAACUCCGCGUGGCGCGGCAGUAAUGAACAGAAAAUGCUCCUGUGUGUGUUGGGGGAGGUUCCGUAGGAAUCUGGAGGGCAUGUGUAUUUGAAGGAAAUACAAAAAGUAAAUAUUUGGCCAGGUGGGAUUAUGCCUGGAUGGCUAAAAGCGCUGAAAAGGCUGUGUCUGCCAAUUUGGGCCACAAUCAGAACAGGGCUCCAUACAGAGGAUGCCUAGGAGGCGCCAUCAUGUGACAGCUGUGUCGCCAUGAGAACCAGUGGAGAGCUCUGUCUCAGGGGCAGGGAGGUGCUGACGCACCCUCACAGGAAUAUGGUUGGCUCACAUCCACAUGACUUUGGGCAAAGUACAUAAGAGACACACAGGGUUCCCCUGCAGACAGGAAGAAGGACUCCAGGUUUGGAUUGGUCGAUUUUCAUUGCAAGUUCGUAGAAAAGACCAGCGCUCAGGCCGUCUCCUUCCCUGCAGUCGCUUGCACUGAUCCUCAUUGUCACGGCACCUUCCCCGCCCAGCACCUCACACAGCCCUCUUUGUCCCUGUCCCGCAUCUCCCUCCAGGCCACGGACACGACCCAGGUGGCAGCCACGAGAUCUGUCCAUGUUAAGCAAAGCGUGGGAGCCCUGGCCAAAGAGGGUGGGGAAGAAUUUGCCUCUGGAAAUACAGCACCCUGGGAAUUCAUGUUAGGACCCCCCACAGACACCAGCCAUGCCCUGGGACUCUGUUUUCUAAUGGAAGUGGAAGCCCCCCCUUUCCCUGGCAGCAAAUUUCCCCGGGAAAUGAUACCGCCCUUGGGUUUGCCCACCUUGUAAGUAAGGGCUUCCUCGCAUCCUCCUUUCCAUCCCCAAAUCCUCCUCCCCGGCGUGGAAUUGACGCGUUCCUUUUGCCAAGUGACACCUUUUUGACAUGACUUUUUAUUUUGCUGUGGUGGUGGUUCUUUAUUUGCUGGCUGCCUUCUCUCUCACCUUUCCCCACCGCUCUUUUCCUCCUGAGUUUGAUUUUUCUGCCCAGAAAAACCUGACUUCGAUACCAAAAAAGAUAAAACUACAGAAACUCAAAUUUAAAAAAAACUUAAAAAAACGACAAAAAAAAGUACUCAAUGAUUCUUUCAGCUUUAUUAACAUUUUCCAUUGUUUCUUGCGACUUGUGUCUCGUUCUUUGUAGUACUGAUGACGAACAUUUGAUAAUGAAUGUUCUUGUAUAUUCAGAUAAAGAAAAAAAAAACCAAAAAAGCGGUCUGAAUUUAAUAGUGUUUAUAAUAAAAAUUUUAAAAAUGACCCUCAUAGCACGCAAAACAGGUUGGGGAAUUGCCCCUUUUCUUUCUGUGACAACACACAUCAUUCCUGCAUUAGUUUUUAACACCGAACUACCUACAUUCAUCAUUUCCCCCAUUUUUCUUCUAUUUUCUUGCAUUUGUGAAUUAGUUCAAGAAUGCUAGAAAAGUGUCGAGUUGUGCACAUCCAUUUCCUGUUUCACAAUGUUUAAAAGUGACAGUAAUUCAUUUUGUAAACUAAAAAAAAAAAAAGGUUGGACUAGUAA